GUUUUAUAGGUACGGCCUGAGAGAGAACAUUACAUGUAUUGUACAUGCGCACGCGCAGGUUGCAUGCAUGCGUGGCCCCGUGAAUCUAGGCGUUCUAUUCGCUACGUCGUUGUUGGCAUCAGAUGUUGCCAUCGGUUGCUCUCUCUCUCUCAUCAACAAAAAUUCCUCCGCAGGUAAGAACUUUAGUACUACGUAUGUACCUACCUACAUAGGUUGGUUGGUAGGCCAUGGCAAGCGCGAAAGGAAAAGAGAGAGAGAAAAAGAUAGGUACCCAUUUAGGGGCCGGGGGCCCACUCUAGUAGAAGCCGAGAGAAAAUGAUGCUAGGGGGGGUCGCCACCCAAUAGGACGGCUUAGAUUCUUUCUUACUAAACAUUUCGGCUGCUUUUCCCAACGACGGAGACUUGCCGUCCUCGGAUUUCUUUUCCUGUAAGCCUUUACAUAGAAUUGGCCUCUUCCCUCAUCGUCCCUCCUUCAUCGUUAUAUAUUAGCUCUCUCUUGCUUUUUUUUUUUCGUUUAAUUUCCUUCCCCCGGUUGAACCCAAUUGCA